UAACCGGAAGAGGAAAACGCAGAAAUUAUAGUGUGGACCCAUCAUCCUGGGUGCACCGAGCAUCCUAAAAACAAACUCCUCGUGAAAUCUGCCUUUAUUAUUGUUAUUAUUUUUUUGGGGGGGGGGUAUAACGCUUUUUAUUACUGAGGACUUAUUCGCUGCUUCCGCUGAGGAGGGAUCUGCUGUUGUUGCGGACUGUAGCUGCAGCAGGCCACCCACCAUCUGUGGAAGUGGGACAGCGGAACAGAUGGCGUGUCCAAGCCGAGCCGCAGGGCUGUGUCCAGCACCAGAGACGAGGUGCCAUCAUUAAAAUAGCCCGCCUUUACCGUUUGUUUUAUUUUUUUGCGCGACUUUCUCCUCCACCAUAAUCAGCCAUGUUGCAGUGAUUUGAUGCAACCGGAGGACCGAAACGCGUCCCUGUACCGCCUGAGCUGAGACCAACCCCCGCCGACUUAAUCCCCCUUUAAGUCCGUCUGGGUGAACAAUGGUCGACAACCGCUACGCCACCGCUCUGGUCAUCGCCUGCGUGCUGAGCCUCCUGGCCACCGUGUAUCUGUCGGUGGCCGUCGGCACGCAGCACUGGUACCAGUACAGCAGCCCCACCGUGCGCGGCGAGGCCAACGUGUCCGAGCUGCGCUCCCUCUACGACGAGUUCAUGACCGGGGAGUUCGACGAGAAGACCUACAGCGACACGCUGUUCCGCCUCAACGGGACCGUGGGGCUGUGGUGGCGGUGCGUGCUCGUCCCACCCGCUGCUCACUGGAACAGGGAGCCAGAUGCGAAGAUGCUGCUGGAGUGUCGAAACUUCACUCUGCCGGAGCAGUUCACCCCUAAAUACAAAGAGCCAGGGAACCACAACAGCGGAGAGGACAUGCUCCGCACCUAUUUGUGGAGGUGCCAAUUUCUGCUGCCACUGGCGUCUCUGGGGCUGGUAGUGCUGGCGGGCCUGAUUGGGUUUUGCGCCUGCCUUUGCAGAAGCCUCACUCCCACAUUGGGCAUCGGAGUUCUUCAUCUCUUGGCUGGUCUGUGCACCCUGGCCACAGUGUGCUGCUACCUGGCUGGGAUGGACCUGCUCCACAGGGUGUCGAUGCUUCCCGGCAAGGUGGACGGCUCCCUCGGUUGGUCCCUUUACCUGGCCCUCAUCUCCUCGCCCCUGCACAUGAUGGCUGCCGCGCUGCUGGUGUGGGCGGCGCGCAGUCACAGCCAGAACUACUACCGCAUGACUGCCUACCGGGUGGCGUGAAUAUGUGGUUUUUAUCCCACCUUAUCUUUUAAAGGCUUGAGUAAAAACCCUACAGUAUGCUGCUGCAUUCAUUUUUAUUUUUCUAUAGGGCUGCUGAUGUGAAAAGAUAAGUUGAGUGUAGCACCAAGUCCAGGUAAGAAAUACAGAAAAUUAGCUGAUUUUUAAAAAAUUUUGAUUUGUUGGUAAAACCUCGAAAUCAACAAUAUUAAAAAAAUACCUGCCUGGAUCUCUGGUUAAGCUUUAAUAUAAUUUACUUCCACAGGAGUAAAAACAAGGUCUCCUCAACGCUUUUAAAAGUGACACCUUUUCUUUUAUGUCUUCUGAAAAGCGACGACGCCAAAUUCCACAAGUGUAGUUCACUGGUUUGCUACAGUCAGGCUAUAGCAAAGCAAGGUGGAGGUUUGCUAUGCUGCGGUUUGGCUGUGUGUCACAGCCAAACCGCAGUGUGUCACUUAAUCUGCUGAAAAAAUAAUGAAGAUCAAAAACAUGUUAGACCCAAGUGCACCACCCAGCGCCAUGUGAAAUUAGGUCAUGGGAGGAGGUUUCUGGGACAUACGCCCUCCAAAACAAAGGCACGAAAUAAAUUAUUUUUUUAAAGUUGGCAUGCAAAUUGUCCUGACCUAAAUACCUUUAACAUUUUAAGUUAUUAAAUAAUCCAUGUCACCACAAGACAUUAAACAUCCUCAUACCCGAUAGAGGAAGAGUGCCAAAAAAUCAGGACAUGGAUGCCAGAUUCAGGUUGUUCUUGUUGAGGACGUUUACGUGCUCCGUCUUCAGUCUUGGAUUAUUUCGGUUGUUGCUUUUGAUCUUCAAAUCAAUUUAUAUUUAUAUUGCAGCAAUUUACAACAAUUAUCAUCUCAAAGCCCUUUAUGCCGAUCCAAUUUCUAAGCAAAAAUCGUAGUUAUAAUGGAUUGCACUCGGGUUCAGUUUAUAACGCUAAUUGGCAAAAUGUUGAGAAAUCACAAAUGAUUGCUUUAAGUCACUGACUUUGCAGCAAUCCCUCCUCCAGGGCAAGAAAGUGGGACAUUGACUUUUACUUUGCAGCAAUCCCUCGUAUUGAGCAAGAAAUUUGCUGAAGUGGAAAAGAACAGGCAGCCCCAACCACUAGCAGCAGCAAAGUGAAGCCAUCGUGUGGCUUAAAUUAUAAAGUGAAAAUUCAUCUGCGUGUUUUAGUCAUUUGGUUGAGAUACAGAGAAGGAUUCAACCUUCAUGCAGCUUCUUUCAAGUCCUUUUGACACUUAAGUAUUUUGUAAGCCAGCUGCUUCCUUCCGUGUGAUCUUUGUACGGUGUUGAUGGACGCUGCACGCCUCCAACGAUCCUCAUCUGAUGAGGAUCUGAGCAGAAUGCUGUCUGUUCACUUCUCAGAGCCAAGUAGUGUUAACAAUUUCAGGAAACAGACGCAAAUUAAGAUCCAGUCAUCCAUCUGAGCAGGUGCGCUUUAAAUUGCUUUGUGUUUUUUUUUUUUUCUUUGUAUAAAUAUUGUACAUAUCAAACAGGUUAAGGUGAAUUUUAGAAGUGAAUCAAAGAGGAUUUUAAAGCUUUGAAAAAUAUCUAGCAGGAGGUUUUGGUCAGAAGUUUUACGUGCAGCACACUCCUUGCCAUGAAUGUCGUUUUGGGAUUUAACGGUUAAUUUAACAGUUUUUCUUGUUUCCAAGUUGGAAUGAUUACACAAAAAAGAAUGUCAAUAAGUAAAAACAAGAAUUGGAAGCUCAGGUUUGAAAUUAUUGUGAAUUUUUCUGUAAUCCACCCAUGGGGAAAAAAAGUACGCUCACAGUCUAAAACGUAUACUGUCCCCUGGAAUAUUUGGUAAAAGGUCACCUGGCAGAUUGACCUUUAACCUUACACUUUUUGAAGUCAUCACCUCCACCAUAUUCCAAGCUUUUAGGCGCAGCGCACAAAUUUUCAGUCAAGCUGAGGAAGGCCUUCUACGUAGCUUUAUGCUACCCAGUCUUGAAGGCUGCACAAAGCUUGUGGUUGAUGUUCAGCUAUCGAAGCAACAUGCAAGCAAAUGAAUGUUUAUUUUUAAGGCGAUUUUUAAAAUGUAUUAAAGUCAAUACAGUUCAGUCUUUUCAAUCUGGAACCCAAGAUUAAUAAGGCUAUAACGACUUCUUUAAAAUCCGAUUCAAAACGGAUUUUAUGUACGUCAGUAUAGUGUUUUAGCGGUAUGUUCUUAAGAGAGAAAAAAAAAA